CCCGGACCGGAAAUGAGGUCAGAGAGGGAAACCCGGGCUAGGAGCUUCGGCCCCGAAGGCGGCGCCGGGUACGAGCGGCUGCGGCAGCCGAUGUGGCCUCAUGGAUGAGCUGGUACAUGACUUAGCCUCAGCCUUGGAGCAGACCUCUGAGCAGAAUAAGCUUGGUGAGCUAUGGGAGGAGAUGGCCCUGAGCCCCAGGCAGCAGAGGCGGCAGCUUCGGAAGCGCAGAGGCCGGAAGCGCAGGUCUGACUUUUCUCACCUGGCAGAGCAUGCCUGCUGCUUCAGUGAAGCCUCAGAGUCAAGUCUGGAUGAGGCCACCAAAGACUGUCGGGAAGUGGCCCCGCUUACCAAUCUCAGUGACUCUGAUGACACGGCGGUGGCCCGACGACACCCAGCCCUCAGUGCCAUCAUUAGGAGUAGGCAACAUUCGUGGCACGAAUCUGACUCCUUUACGGAAAAUGCACCUUGCCGACCACUCAGGCGCCGGCGGAAGGUGAAGAGAGUGACGUCAGAGGUGGCUGCCAGUCUUCAGCAGAAGCUGAAAGUGUCAGAUUGGAGCUAUGAGAGAGGCUGCAGGUUCAAGUCUGCCAAGAAGCAGCGUUUGUCGCGCUGGAAGGAGAACACUCCCUGGUCCUCGUCGGGCCACGGGCUGCGUGAAUCAGCAGAAAGUAGAACUUUCCUAAGCAAAACAGGAAGGAAGGAAAGGAUGGAGUGUGAGGCAGAGGAACCGAAGCAGGGCUCCGAUGAGAACAUGUCAGAAUGUGAAACUAGCAGUGUAUGCAGCAGCAGUGACACAGGGCUCUUCACCAAUGAUGAAGGACGGCAAGGGGAUGAUGAGCAAAGUGAUUGGUUUUAUGAAGGAGAAUGUGUCCCUGGAUUCACUGUCCAUAACCUUCUGCCCAAGUGGACUCCUGAUCACUGCACUGAUGUAGAAAGAAUGGACUCCGGAAUGGAUAAACUCUCAGAUCCCACAUUCCUUUUACCUUCCCGGCCAGCUCAAAGAGGAUACCAUGCUCGUCUGAAUCGAUUGCCAGGGGCUACAGCUCGGUGCCUCAGGAAGGGGCGGAGAAGGCUGGCUGGGAAGGAGACCAGCAUAAGCAAUCUAGGAACUGAGAGGAUCAGCCAUGUCAUCAGUGACUCCCUGCAGAAAGAAAAGAAUAAAGCAUUGGCUUCUGAUUUUCCCCACAUUUCUGCUUGUGCACAUGAGUUUAGUCCUCUCUCUCCCCUUUACUCCUUGGAUGUUCUUGCUGACGCUUCUCAUCGAAGGUGUUCCCCUGCACACUGCUCUGCCAGGCAGGCAAAGGUACACUGGGGACCACCAUGUUCACGUGACAUUAAGAGGAAGCGGAAACCUGUGGCCUCAGCAUCUUUAUCUAGCUCUAGUACAGUGCCCCCCGAUGUGCUGGAGCCAGCCACCCCAGGCCAGAUGCCUCCCCACUCCCAGUGGUUGGACAGGGCCUCUGCAGCAGAGAAAGCCACUGCCUCAGCUCCAGCCACGUUUUUCAAAAUGCCACAUGAGAAGAGUUCUGGAUGCAGCUAGAGCCCAGUAGCUGAUGGGUGUUGACACUUUGUAUUGUACAGUCUUGGGUCCUAACUGGCAUUCCUGGUCCUUGACCACCAGGACCAAUUCCUCUUUCCACGCAUAUUUGGGGAUCUUUUUUGUAAAGUAUCAGGGCAGCAGUUUUCUUUCAAGGGGGUGGGGCGUCUUCUGCUGUGUUCUUUGCUCUGUUGUUAGCCCACUGUCCCCUCCAGCCACCUUCCUAGAGCUGGUACCUGUUGGCAGCUCUUCUUUGUUCCUGGAAGACUAGUGACAGCUUUGCAUACCUUCUGUGUAGAGCUUUUAAUAAUCGCCGAUGGAGUCCCAAAUUCAGAGCCAGCUCCAAACACAUUCCUGCAUGGGGUUGUGUCUAUGCAGUGAGGCUCGCUUAGCAUCGAGCCUUUACUCACCCUGUGCCAGGAAGAUCCACCAACCCAGAAGAGACCUCAGCGCUGUGGGUUGGGAACGUCUUCCACUUGGCCUGCACGUGGACUGAGGGGAUCCCCAGCAGCUGCGUUGUACCUGACGUCAUCUUCAUGGUCUGUGUUCUGCUGUCUGAGGGCGCAACUGUGCACCGAGGUGGUAUACUCAAAUGGGGAUGGUGCACAGCAGACUAGUCAGCGGAUAGUGUUUGCCCUAGCGUUUCUGAUCCUGGUCUAAGGCUGUAUAUCCUAAGUGGGACUUCACUGUUAGUGUGCUAUAGAUCAGUAGCCAGUGAUGAGCAGACACUCAAGCUGUUAUCUGGUACGAUAAUGGCUGCUUGGGGCCAUGCUUUGGGAAGGAAAAAUGUCUUCUUGACAUGCCUCUAUGUGGCGUGUUUAUGACUGCACAGCUGCAUGUAGAGUUGUAUAUACGGUUGUGCCUGAAGUGGGAUGCUACUUUGUCAAAGUGAGGAAUAUGUGACUGCCUGGAGCUGCUGGGGAAAGGCCAUGCUUCCCUCAAGUAUUAUCAAGAGCACCUGCCAUUCAGGGCCUGCUUCUUUUGUAUCCAUGAGUGCUUUUACUCUGAAAUACACAGGAGCUGUUUGCUCAGUGCUUACUGCUGUGGUCAUGUGGGACAGAACACCCACCCUAGACAGGUGCCAGGUGGUCCAGUGCCUUCCUUUCCCAAUUGUAAUUGUCCCUUGCACACAGUGUAAUUAAUGUCAGGUGGGCAGAGUGUGAGUCUCUUUGGAAAGGGGAGCCUGAAGCUCACUUCUUACAGACUCUGUGGAAGGCUGACCACAAGAGAAGGGUCCCCCAGAGUCACCGGGUUCUUUUAAGGAGUGACUGUCCUGUGGGUGUCACAGCUGCGUCCACAGAAGAUAGGGAACGUGGCACUGUUGAAUGGCUCGGUGAUGAAGUGGGCUGUGUCGUGCAUUCUCCCCUAGUUCCUGCAGUGGCCUGUGGAACACAUUUCUAACACUCUGGCUUGGGUUAAGGGAGAGAUCUACUGAUGACACUUUGAAAAUGUUUCCAGACUGCUGCCUGCAGACACUGGUCCUGAUGAUGGCUCGGGAGACCUCCACAGGAAGGUGCAAAGGUGUUCCCGGAGCUCUCCUGUGUGGGGCGUUGCCAGGUCCGUCCUCUUUUCUACCUGGGGUUUAGAGUAGUUUAUGUAUCCAUAUUUAUUACACUUUGAAUAGCUCUCUGAAGCCAUGCCAAUUUUCAGAGCUGAAGGCAGACUUGCAUAUAUACUCAGGCACGUGAGUAAGCCAAACAAAUAAUAGACUUUGAUGCUAUUCUGCCCUGGGUUAUAUAAUCUCUGUUUCUCAUUGGUAUCCCUAGUCAGUCUGAGGCCCACAUCUAUGAAGUUUUUCAUGAGUGUUUACCAUCUUUCUUGAUCAUGCAUUGCUACACAUUUCUGAAUACUUUUGACAGGGAUCGCCCAAGAUUGUAGUAUUUACCUAUAAUGAAUGAGAAUAAAGUUAUUUACCUGAGAAAAUAUAA